AUGACGAACGAAAAGGUCGCUGUGGUCGGCAGCUUCUACGUGGCCCUCGGAUUUGCGCUCCUAGGGCUGGACGCGUGGAACCAGGUGGAUCCGCUGAUGCUGUACCCGUUCGGCCUCGCGCACACCGCCUUCGUGGCCGGCGCUGUGUACUGCCGACAGAAGCUGCGCCGCAAGUUCGGGCUGAGCAUCGGCCCCCUCUCGAGGAAGAAACAACACGACGCGCUGGUCUGGGCUUGCUGCCCCAACUUCCUGGUCGCCGCGCAGGAGGCGCGGCAGGUGGAGCACGUCCGGCUGCCGAGCGAGGAGGAGCAGGCUCGGGGGGUGGAGUUCAGCAGGCUGAACAUCCCGUCUGGGACCUACCAGCCAGACGACGGGAGCCACCUCGACACCGAGAGGACUGACACCACCGUCGCUUCAGACGCGCCACUGAUGCGGCAGUACGAGAACGCGCUGAACCGCGCGCCCGGGCGAGAGGUGGAUCCCAACGCGGGGCUCUAG